AGUUUAGCGGUUUCGAAGAUUUGUCGUCGUCGGUUUGUGUUUCAAUUGUCGUUUUUAUUAUAAUUAAUCAGUAAAAAAUCAUAUAAAAAUAAAUAAUGGAUACUGAUCAGCGAAUAAAAGAUAUGGAAAGGGAGUACCUUGACUUUCUAGAUGAUGGGGAAGAUCAAGGUAUUUACAGUAAUAUGGUAAAAACUAUGAUUGAUGAAAAUAAAUAUCGACUUUAUGUUAAUAUCAAUGAUUUACGUCGUAAAAAUCCUACUCGUGCCAUGGGGCUAUUGGAAAAUUCAUUUGAAGAACAAAUGGCAUUUCAAAAUGCUCUAAAACAGUAUAUCACUACAAUUGAUACAGAUUACGCAAAAGGAAGUGUUGAAUUUUUUGUGGGUUUUGAAGGAAGUUUUGGUAAUAGACAUGUUACACCGAGAACACUUACUUCUAGAUUCUUGUCCAAUCUUGUUUGUGUUGAAGGGAUUGUCACAAAAUGCUCAUUGGUUAGACCAAAGAUUGUGAGGAGUGUACACUACUGUAACGCUACAAAAUCUAUUAUGGAAAGAGCUUAUACAGACUUGACUUCAUUUGAUGCAUUUCCAGGAUCAUCAGUUUAUCCAACUACUGAUGCUGAUGGUAAUCCAUUAGAAACUGAGUUUGGAUUGUCUACUUACAAAGAUCAUCAAACAAUUUCUAUUCAAGAAAUGCCAGAGAAAGCACCAGCCGGACAGUUACCAAGAAGUGUAGACAUUAUUUGUGACAAUGAUUUGGUUGAUUUAUGCAAGCCUGGUGAUAGAGUUCAAAUUGUCGGUAAUUACAGAUGUCUUCCUGGAAAACAGAAUGGCUACACAAAUGGAACUUUUAGAACCGUAUUAAUUGCAAAUAAUAUUACUCAACUCAGUAAAGAAGCAACGUUAGAUAUUUCACAUGACGAUGUAGCGAUGUGUAAAAAAUUAGCCAAACAUAAUCCACGAAAAAAUAUUUUCGAACUUCUUAGCAGAUCACUUGCACCUUCAAUUCAUGGACAUGAAUACAUAAAAAAAGCUAUAUUAUGUCUUCUUCUUGGAGGUGUAGAGAAAAUUCUUCCGAAUGGAACAAGAUUAAGGGGAGAUAUAAACAUUUUAUUGAUAGGAGAUCCAUCAGUUGCAAAAUCUCAAUUACUACGUUAUGUAUUAUGUACUGCACCUAGAGCUAUUCCAACAACAGGUCGAGGAUCUUCAGGUGUUGGUUUGACAGCAGCAGUGACAGCCGAUCAAGAAACCGGUGAAAGAAGAUUAGAAGCUGGUGCUAUGGUUUUAGCAGAUCGUGGUGUUAUUUGUAUAGAUGAAUUUGAUAAAAUGUCAGAUAUUGAUAGAACAGCAAUUCAUGAAGUUAUGGAACAGGGAAGAGUAACUAUUGCUAAAGCUGGAAUCCAUGCUAGUUUGAACGCUCGUUGCUCCGUUCUAGCAGCUGCUAAUCCUGUUUAUGGAAGAUAUGAUCAGUAUAAAACUCCUAUGGAAAAUAUUGGUCUUCAAGAUUCACUACUUUCUCGUUUUGAUUUAUUGUUUGUUAUUUUAGAUAUUGUUGAUCCAGAUAUUGAUCACAUUAUUAGUGAUCACGUCGUUAGAAUACACCGAUAUCGAAGUCCAAAUGAGCAAGAUGGUGAAGCAUUGCCAUUAAAUACUAAUUUGGAUAUGCUUACAACUAAAAAUCCAGAUGUAGUUGAAGCAGAGGAAUCUGAAAAUCCAAUUUAUGAAAAAUACGAUCCUUUACUUCAUGGUCAAUCUCGUUCUAAAACUGAACAAAUUUUGAGUAUUAAUUUUAUGAGAAAGUAUAUUCAUAUUGCUAAAUGCAUGAAGCCAAAAUUAACAGAAGAAGCCAGUAAAACUAUUUCUGAUGAAUACUCACGUCUUAGAUCUGAAGAUAUGAUGGAAUCGGAUGUAGCAAGAACUCAACCAAUAACUGCUCGUACAUUAGAAACUCUUAUUCGAUUGUCAACGGCUCAUGCAAAAGCUCGAUUGUCUAAAAAUGUUACAGUGGAAGAUGCAUAUGCAGCAAUUGAAUUAGUACAAUAUGCAUAUUUCAAACGAGUACUUGAGAAAGAAAAGAAGAAACGUCGAAGGAAUGAAAGUGAAGCAAGUACUGAUGGAGAAAUUGAAGAUCAAAAUAGAAAGAAGAAACGAAGUAAAAAAGAUAGCCAAGAAGAAACUAAUGAUCCUUAUGAGUAUGAUAGUGAUAAUGAUGAGCAUAUUGAUGAAGCGGUUCGCAGAGUAACUCGUUCACAAAUGUCAACUAUUGAAGAAACGCCAAUAGAAGAUACCCCAAUGGAAGUAGACUCUACACCAACUGAAAUAUCGGAAGAUAGAUUUAAAUUAUUCCGCUCCUCACUUCAUAAACUUUUUCAGCAUCAACGUGUUCAGUCAUUAUCUCUUGAAAAAGUUUGUGAGUUUGUAAAGAAACAACAUAGUCCUGAAUUUUCUUUGGGAGAAAUUUUAGCAGCAUUACAUCGAAUGACUGACGCAAAUCAAGUAAUGCUUGCAGAUAAUCAAGUAUUUCUUAUUUAAAUAAUUUUCAUGCUUUUUAAUAUUUGAUAUUUUUUUUUGUAUUCAUUAUUAGUAUUAUAAUUAUUUUUAUAUCUAUAUGACUAAUGGAAGGA